AUGGUGUUAUUGGCGAUGUUCUACCAGUGGGCAAGCUUCAUCUAUAUCUCUGGCCUGGUAAGGCCGUCGCUGGCAGCCAGAACGGCCGAAUGGAAAUCCAGAUCGAUCUACCAGACGAUGACAGAUCGGUUCGCGCGGACGGAUGGUUCAACCACUGCCCCUUGCAAUACGACGGAGGGUCUAUACUGUGGAGGAACAUGGAGAGGAACCAUCAACCACCUCGAUUAUAUCCAGCAAAUGGGCUUCGAUGCUAUCAUGAUCUCCCCGAUUAUUGAAAACAUAAAGGGCCAUGUUUCAUAUGGGGAGGCCUACCACGGGUAUUGGCCGCUUGAUCUGUAUUCGCUAAACUCGCAUUUUGGGACACACCAGGACCUGCUUGAUCUCAGUGAUGCUAUUCACUCCCGGGGCAUGUUUCUGAUGAUGGAUACGGUCAUCAACAACAUGGCGUAUAUCACCAAUGGCAGCAACCCGGCCACCCAUAUUGACUACUCGGUCUUCACUCCGUUCAACAACUCGGACUAUUUCCACCCAUACUGUAAAAUCACGGAUUGGAAUAACUUCACCAAUGCCCAGUUGUGCCAGACCGGUGAUAAUAUUGUGGCACUGCCAGAUCUUUUUACAGAGCACAGCGACGUCCAAGACAAACUGGAAAAGUGGGCCCAGGAAAUGAUUAAGAUUUAUUCCAUUGAUGGCCUGCGGAUUGAUGCGGCCAAGCAUGUGAAUCCCGACUUCCUGCCGAAAUUUGGGCGCGCUGUCGACACAUUCAUGACGGGAGAAGUCUUUCAGAGGGAAGUGGACAUCAUCUGCGACUACCAUAAUCACUACAUUGGCAGUGUCCCAAAUUAUCCGAUCUACUUCUCCAUUCUGGAGGCCUUCACCAAGGGCAAUACAACCAUGUUAGCCAACAAAGUAGAGGAGAUGAAGAACUCAUGUCACGACGUAACUUCCCUGGUCUCAUUCUCCGAAAACCAUGAUGUAGAACGAUUUGCGAGUUUCAACAAGGAUAUAUCGCUCGCUAAGAAUGUCCUUACGUUUACCAUCUUGUUUGAUGGAGUCCCGAUGAUAUAUCAAGGCCAAGAGCAACAUUUGGAUGGAGGACACCCUCCCAAGGACCGAGAGGCCUUGUGGCUCUCCGGAUAUGACACCAACGCAGUGUUAUACAAGUUGAUUGCUAAGGUAAACGGCAUCCGCAAGCACGCCUUCAAACUGGGGGAAUACGGGGACUCCCAAACUUACACCAUUUUCCGGGGUGGCAGCGAACUUGCCUUCCGGAAAGGCAUCGAAGGUCGACAGGUGAUCAUGCUUCUGUCGACUCAAGGGACCAACAGCAAACCGUACCACCUCACUCUGCCGGCAAGCUAUAUUCCUGGCACAGUGGCAAUGGACAUUCUCAACUGCGUUAAUUACACAGUCAAUGAGCAAGGUGAGAUGACUAUCGACAUGGAAAAGGGUGAACCCCGAGUAUUCUUCCCUGCAGAUCUCAUGGAGGGAAGUGGCCUUUGCGGUUACACUUCCGCCAAUACUUCACUGACCAGUUUAAAAACUGGGAGCUCAUCUUCUACCUCUCUGGACGCAGCAAAACACUUAGAUCAGCUCCCAUCAUGGCAGGCCCCGGAUAAUACCCUGAUCCUGCAAGCCUUUGAGUGGCAUGUUCCUGCCGACCAGCGCCACUGGCUCCGUCUGCAAAAGGCACUACCGGAGUUCAAAGCUAUUGGGAUUGAUCAUAUCUGGAUCCCUCCGGGAUGCAAGGGCAUGGACCCGUGGGGCAAUGGCUAUGAUAUCUACGACCUGUAUGAUCUAGGCGAGUUUGACCAGAAGGGCGCCAUAGCAACCAAAUGGGGGACCAGGAAGGAACUCGAAGAUCUUAUUUCCCGGGCUCAAGCGCUGGAUAUUGGCGUUUAUUGGGACGCUGUACUCUCUCAUAAGGCUGGUGCCGAUUAUGCUGAACGGUUUGAGGCUGUGAAGGUUGACCCUGAACAAAGAACGAGAAAUGUAUCCGAACCCGCCCAGAUCAGCGGCUGGGUCGGAUUCGACUUCACCGGCCGCGGCAACAAGUACAGUUCCAUGAAAUACAACUGGAACCAUUUCAAUGGGGUUGACUGGGACGACCUGCGCCAGGAGAACGCCAUCUACAAGGUCCACGCUCCCAAGAAGGACUGGGCCAAAGACGUUUCCUCCGAGAAGGGAAACUUUGACUAUCUGAUGUUUGCCAAUCUGGACUAUUCUAACCCUGAAGUCUGGGAGGAUGUGCUCAACUGGGGGGCGUGGAUUACGACGCAGUUACCUCUGAGGGGGAUGAGACUAGAUGCUGCGAAGCAUUUUUCGGUGGAUUUCCAGCGGCAGUUCGUUGAUCGAGUUAGGGAGACGGCUACGAAAGAGUUUUUUGUGAUAGGCGAGUAUUGGACGGGAGAUAUUAGGCCAUUGGUGAAGUAUUUGGAGAAGAUGGAAUAUAAGGUGGCUGCGUAUGAUGUGCCACUUGUGGCGAAUUUCUCGAAAAUGUCGCUGACGAGGGGGGCGGAUCUGAGAGACGUGUUUAAGGAUACGCUGGUGCAACGGAAGCCUGAUUGUGCGGUGACUAUUGUUGAGAAUCAUGACACGCAACCAGGGCAAAUGCUGGAAACCCCAGUAACAGCAUCGUUCAAACCUGUAGGGUAUGCAUUGAUAUUGCUUCGCAAAGAAGGCCGCCCAUGCGUAUUCUACGGAGACCUUUAUGGCAUCAGAGCCAACGUCAAACACCCGAUGAGGCCCGCCUGCAAUGGCAAACUCCCCACCCUAUUGCUAGCCCGCAAGCUAUACGCCUACGGCGAACAACAAGACUACUUCGACAAACCUAAUUGUAUCGGAUUUGUUCGCUACGGAAACGCCCGCCAUCCCUCCGGACUCGCGUGUGUCAUCAGCAAUGCCGGUCCAUCCCAAAAACGAAUGUAUGUUGGCCCACAACAUGCCCAAGAAGAGUGGACCGAUAUACUGCAAUCGCACAGUGGGGCUGUCACGAUUGAUGGACAGGGAUAUGGGGUUUUUCCUGUUAAUGCGACGGCCGUGAGUGUAUGGGUUCAUUCGGCCGCGGAGAACCGAGACAGGGUUCAGAAUCAUCAAUUGUAA